CAUCGUGAAAUAACGAACACACUAUAUCAGGACCUAGAUCUAGUUUAAGACCUCCUCCUCACAUGGCUGACCUAAUGGUCUGGUAAAUCAUCUGUUUACCAACUCCUUGGACACAUCUGUUUCGUCACAAUCACUUGUCAAACACAUGCGCCUGGCCAGGAAAGAUAAAACUAAUAGACACUAUUUAAACCAAGGUAAACUUAACGCCACCAUUUGACCAUUGGUCUGAAGUGCUCGACCAGUGGCUACUUGAGGAUGGACAAUAAAAAAAAUCAACAAGCUACAUCUUAUCGUUUGUAUCUUUUAAUAUGAAAAAGUGCAUCUUGUCACACUUGUGCUCCGAGCACAAGUGCUCUAACAAUCGCCCUGUCACUGAUAUAUCGAACAGGUUUCGGUUUACAUUCCAAUAUUAGAACGGAAAAAGCUCUCGAAAGUGAUUUUCUUCAUUAACACGGUUGAUAUUUGAUGAAAGUGAAGCAACAGACAACGGCUUGAAUCGAUCUGCACUCGAGUUCUGCGAACCAAUUAAAAAACAACAUGAAAAGAAACAAUGCUAACAGCUCUCGCAUGUACAGCAAUGUCAGAGAAGAUAGAAAAGUGUCUAUUUCUGAGCGUGUCUCUCCAUUUUUUUCUGCAUGUGUCAUACAACACAUCCCAAACAAUGAUGUUUCAGUUAAUUCCCAUACUUUCUCGAUGUACUUUAACACCAUCGUUGCAUCGUUAAACAACCAUAGUUAAAGAUCAACGUGCUAAUAUAACGUGCGCCGGUUCAACGAUCGGAUAAAGAUCGCCUGUGAUAACGUCUAACGUCACCCUUUUGCGCAAACUCUAAACGACAGCUUCUCAUACCAUUCCGUCACAGAGAUUAUCCAUCUUGCAUGCAAACACCAACACGGGUAGACGGAAAAGCGCGCACAUUAAUAUUGCACCGCGUAUCGUAAAAAUCCAAUUACUACCGGAAAGAGCCGUGCAAGAAAAUGAAGUCAAUUUUAAAAACCAAUCCUUCUUAUCCUGCAGAUUAUUAAACGCAUUCUAUGAUUUCGUCGCGACGAGAUAAUGGCAGCAGCGAUUUUGUACGAUCGAUAAGAGCACAAUCGUUUCGCAUGCCCGCGCUAUCGACCAUCUUGAACCACGCACGUGUCUCGCAGGAAAUUAAACAACAUUUACGUCUCGUGAAGGUGUACGCACAGCAAAAGGGCUUAGAAUGUAACGUACGUUUUACUGUUUAACCGUACAUAUAAAUCACCUCCCUGGACGUCACUAACCGAACGGUACAGACCACUUGAACGAUUAGCAAAUGCUAGACUUUAUCACUUCGUCACGAUAAGACACUGCAUGCCAAUUGCAGUUAUCGUUCUGUAAGCGUUUAACCCACCAACUCGCCCAUUGUUCUAGUGUUAUAAUUUUUAUGAUCAAGAAUAGGUAACUGAUCGAGACUGUUACCUUCCUAUGCGAGUUGGAUUUUAUUUUUAUACGAAUAUUAAAUAUUUUUAUCUCAAAAUUUGGAACAUCAUUAUUGACGUCCAUCAUCCAACACACCCAUCAGUUCCCUUUCUUUUCGUUGUGAAAAAUAUGGCGCUGUAAAUAACGCCAUAUGUACACGCACCUUGACUUUGACAUCUGACGCAAAAGCUUCCUGGCAAGUGAUCUUCGGCCGAUCCGUUCGAGGGAUGGUUUUCGGUUGACACUUGCUAGCUGGUAGUGGUACACUUGUCAGUGAUCCAACACACGAUCUCAUGCACGAUCGGCAAGUGAAAAUAUGUACCUUUUUGCUGGUAUGCAGCAAUACCCGCGAACUUGUGAAUGAAUGUUCGUAAGGGUUUUUGGCAAAGGGUGUCCUGCUACUGAUGAGCCCGACAUGCAAACUCAUCGCGGAUCAGUUAGUCUAUCGGUAGCCAUCGGUUGGGCAGGACAUUCACCACGCCUUCUCAAGUUCGCGUCGAAAGUUCUAGUUGUGCAACAAUGGCGAACAAUGAUUCGCCAGAACCGGCCACAAGUAGCACGUUUAGCCUUACUAUUCCUCGGAUAAAUGUGCGGCGUACGUCCAGUGACACACAGCUGGAUAAGGUCCAGAUCAAAUCGGCCUCGGUCUAUAACAUUCACGGUUUGAGCGGCUCACAACACUCUCUCAGUGUACCACCGAUUCACAAGGAUGUUCCUGGCUAUCGUGGUAGUAACGAGUUCAUCUUAACCGACGAUAAACAGUCAACGAUGGAUCAGAUCAAAUCCAUUGGACCUUGGUUUCGGCGCAAGUACAAGAAUGUCUGUCGCCGCAAGAUCCUCUACAAACGUGUUCCGGUACUAAACUGGCUGCCAAAGUACAACAUGGACGACGCGGUAGGUGAUCUGGUGGCAGGUAUUACUGUUGGCCUCACAGUUAUCCCGCAGGCUCUUGCUUACAGUAGCAUUGCCGGAUUACCCGCUGCGUACGGUCUUUAUGGUUCCUUCGUUGGUUGCUUCGUGUAUAUCCUGCUCGGUUCCUGCAAGGACGUCCCAAUGGGUCCCACGGCUAUUGCUUCACUCUUAACCUUCCAGGCUUGUGAUGGUGUAUGGCAGCGAGCCGUACUACUGUGCUUUCUGUCCGGACUGAUCGAGCUACUGAUGGGACUGUUUGGACUUGGUUUUCUGAUCGACUUUGUUUCGGGACCGGUAAGCUCCGGCUUUACCUCUGCCGUUUCGUUGAUCAUCCUCAGCUCGCAGGUGAAGGAUCUUCUGGGUAUCGUCGCCAAGGGCAACACCUUUAUUGAGCAAUGGUCGUCCAUCAUCGAUGACAUACACAACACCCAGUUGGGUGACGCACUGAUGGGUUUCAUCUGUAUCGUGGUGCUACUCUUGAUGCGCCUACUACCCCGUAUUAAGGUUGGACCCCCGGAUGCGUGUGAUCAAUCGGUUGGCCAGAAGAUCAUCAACAAAUCGUUAUGGCUUAUCGGAACGGCACGAAAUGCCAUCAUUGUGAUCGUUUGCGGAGGCAUCGGUGCAGCAUUCUACGAGAAUGGAAGCGAACCAUUCCGCAUGAUUGGUGACGUACCGAGCGGACUUCCCAGUGUACAGGCUCCACCAUUCUCCGUACCGGAGAUUAAGGAUGCUAAUGGAACGAUAAUACAAGAGUACGAGAGCUUCGGAGAUAUGCUGCAAGGUUUGGGUUCGAUGCUUAUCGUCAUCCCUUUGAUUGCGCUUCUGGAAAACAUUGCCAUCUGCAAGGCUUUCGCCGAUGGAAAGCCUGUAGAUGCCACACAAGAACUUAUCGCUAUCGGUGUGUCCAACAUUGCGAACUCCUUCGUCCAAGGAUACCCCGGAACGGGAGCCCUUUCACGUGGUGCCGUUAACAAUGCUAGUGGAGUACGCACGCCCUUCGGUGGACUUUACACCGGGUUGUUGGUCAUCCUUGCCCUGCUCUUCUUCACGCCUUACUUCUUCUACAUUCCUCGAGCAGCACUGGCCGCAAUCAUCAUUGCAGCCGUUAUCUUCAUGAUUGAGGUGCGUGUCGUGAAGCCGAUGUGGAGAAGCAAGAAAACUGAUCUUAUACCUGGUAUCGCUACGUUCGUCGCAUGCCUUGCUCUUCCUCUCGAGUACGGAAUUCUGGUCGGAAUUGGAUUGAACAUACUGUUCAUCCUGUACCAUGCCGCUCGUCCAAAGAUUCACAUGGAUCAAGCCGUUACACCGUGCGGUGUGAAGUAUCUGAUGCUAACACCUGAUCGCUGCCUUAUCUUCCCCUCGGUGGACUACGUCCGCAACCUGAUCAACAAGCACGGUCUCAAGAGCCAGAUACCGGUCGUGAUUGACUGUACGCACAUUUACGGUGCCGAUUUCACGGCAGCACAGGUCAUCGAUACGCUCAUCAAAGACUUUAAGAGCCGAAACCAACUGCUGCUGUUCCUUAACCUUAAACCCUCGGUCGGUAAUGUGUUCGAGGGAGCCGAUCUUGAGUAUCGCGUGUUCUACGACUUUGAGCAGCUGGACAAAGCGAUCCGCGAGUGUCGUCGCAAGAGCAUCCCAGCUUAAAAGGGUGGGACAAACGCGAAGUGAAGCACCGCCACAGUCCCUGUUCCAUGUUCUACCCAUGCAACAUUACAUUACGACUCUUCAAAAGACACAAGUGAUCUGUAUAUUUUAGCUAUAAAGACAACGUUUCUAGUACUACUUAAUAGGUUAAUGCAAGAGUUAAACACAGUUCCUGUCGAAGGUCGUACCUGCGUACCUAUCUGUGACUGCAGCAUGGUACAAAGACUACGUGUGUGUGAUUUAAUACGACGAAUGAUCGAGCAGAUGUCACACGUGCUGCUUGUAAAGACAUCCUAGUUUGUAAGCAUUUGAUAAUCAAAGUCAGUAAAUAAAACUCCUAUCUAUACUUGAUGCAAA